AAUUCUCGUUUGUUCGCUCCCUAUAUAGUGCACUAUAUCAUGCACACUAUAUAGGGAAUAGUAGGUGAGUGAAUAGGGAACGAUUUCGAACACAGCUGUUUGUUACGCGGGAGAGGUGCCGUAAAGUGAUAGCCAUGACACAUGCGCAGUACGGAUCUGGUAGUGACCUUCUUAUGAUGGUUGAUGCUGGAUCUCGCAUAGUGAAAGCCAAGAGUUUGUUUCAUAUUUCGGCUAUUACGACGUCUUUCGGGCGAAGGUUACAAUUAUAAUGGCUGGCAGUAGGCUCGAGAAGUUUGGAACAGUAUUCACACGAGUUCGAGAUCUGAUGCGCUCUGGGGUCAUCCAAGACACACCCACCUGGUAUGAGGUAUUCAAGGCUUUCCCACCCAAGAAAGACCCCGUCUAUGUGAAGCCACAGUAUGGCUUUUACAAGAAAGAUGAAUUUGUGGCUGAUAUAUUUUAUGAGGAGGACAAGAUAAGAGCGAAAUUCUACGAAAUGUAUGGGACUGGGCCCAGACUUCUUGACCUCUCCAAAUCAAAUUAUACCUCAGCAUGUCAAAGGUUUUUGGAAACGUAUUCAAGGCUUGAAAGUCUUGGAGAGAUAGACAUGUCUGCUCUGUUUGAAGAGACUGGCAAGAUACUGCUGGCAGAGGGCCUUGUGCUCAGGAGAAAAGGAGCACCUGUGGUGUCCUCUGAGUACAGAGAUCCCGUGCUGGAGUUAAAGUUGACAGACAUGCUGGCAGAACAGCAGUCGGGCAGUGCAGCUGAGAAACAGUAAUCGAAGGAACCCAUACAUGGACAUCUCCAUUCAUUGUUAUUCUUUUUUUUAUUACUGAUAAUUGUGAUCCAAGUAUUAUGAUGAAUGCUAGAUGAAGAUGGGCACUGUUUAAACUCAUUUGUGGUUUUCAAUGUACAGAAUUUCAACAAAAUUUGAGCACCAAGUGGCCAGUCAAGACAUUAUCGCAAUAUCGCUAUCUUACAAUGUCUGUUUUAAGGACAUGUAUACAAAUAAAGCAUUUUUUAUGGACAUUA